AUGAAGGGUGCCGACAGGAUCCAUGGGAAGAAAGCAGGAGCAAGCGAAGCGUUCGGGACCGGGGUCUCGCAAGCCGGUAGUGCCGCGUCGAUGCUGCACGCUGCCGCCAAGGUCGCCGCAGCAGAGCAGGCACACGGGCAGGUGGUGCAUGCCGAGGUCCUGGCUCGCCACUUCACGACGCGCGUUCCAGAGGGGCCCCUGCGCAUCGCUCCCACCCAGCGUGGGAGCCUGGGCUCGCUGGCGGCCCUGCCUGGCACCCUGGCACCCCGGCCUGGAGACUCUGUGACCCUCAAGGUCCUGGCUGUGGGCCUCAACUUCAGGGAUGUGCUGAAUGUGCUGGGCAUGUACCCCGGAGACCCCGGGGAGCCCGGCAGCGACUGCGCCGGCAGGGUGACUUCAGUGGCCACGCCCGCCUGCUCCCUCAGGCCCGGCGACGUCGUGUUUGGCCAGGCCACAGGGUGCCUGGCCACCCACGUCGUGGCCAGCCACCACACACUGGCCCCGGUCCCCCCCGGCGUGUCCCUCGCCGAGGCGGCCGCCCUGCCCACCGUCUUCCUCACCGCCAUGCAGUGCCUGUGGCACGCCGCCAGUGUCAAACCGGGCCAGCGCGUUCUGGUGCAUGCCGCGACGGGCGGGCUGGGCCUGGCCCUGACCCAGCUCUUGGUGCUGCAGGGGGCCCGCUGCUGUGGCACCGCCGGGAGCCCGGGCAAGAGGGCGGCGCUGCGGGGCAGCGCCCACGUCAUGCUGGACAGCCGCAGCACAGCAUUUGCAACGGAGGCCACAACCCUUUUGGGCACCAUUGACGUGGUGGUCAACUCCCUGACCUCCCCUGGGAUGGUGGCAGCCUCCCUGGCAGCACUGUGCCGGGGCGGUGCCUGGGUUGAAGUAGGAAAGCGCGACAUCUGGUCCCCGACACGCAUCGCGCAGGAGCGGCCCGAUGUCAUGGCGUCCCUGGUGGCCAUCGACUUUGCGCCGCCGCCGGUGCUGGCACCCGGCAUGCAGCGCAUCGCCGCCCUGCUGGCAGCUGGCCACAUCUCCCCCAUCUGGUCCUGCCACUACGGGCUGGGGUCCGUGGCUGCUGCACUGCGCACGCUGAGUGCGGCACGUCACGUGGGCAAGGUCUUGGCGGCCGCACCGGCCCCUCUCCCGGGCAAGGAGGGCUCCGCAGGGACGUGGCUCGUCACCGGCGGCACCGGCGCCCUGGGAGCGCUGGCCGCUGCACACCUGGUGACAGCCGGAGCCACGCACGUGCAGCUGUCCUGCCGCUCGCGGCCUGCGCGCUGGGAGGGCAUCGACGCCGGCUCAGCGGCCUGCGUCACCGCCGUCCAGAUGGACGUGGUGGCGUGCGCCGACGGCGCCGGCUGGUUGACGUGCACGCCAGCAGCGGGGCUGCUCCAUGCCGCCGGCGCCGCAGACCCUGCGAGGCGAGAGCGGCGCCUAGCCAAAGUCUGGGCGCCCAAGCCGGCCGCCACGGCUCUCCUCCUGGACCGCCUAGGUUGCCGCCCCGCCGAGACGGUGCAGCUCUUCUCCAGCAUCGCCUCCUGCCUGGGCGGCCCUGGCCAGGCCAACUACGCCCUGGCCAAUGCCGCGCUCAAUGGACUUGCCGCGGGUGGCGCGGCGCGCGGCAGGCCGGCCAUCGCCGUGGCCUGGGGCCCCUGGGCCGGCGCCGGCAUGGCUGCUGCCGCCGGGCUGGGGCGGCUGGAGCGCCAGGGCUACGGCGCGCUCACGCCCGCCCAUGGCGCGGGCUUGGUGCUGGCCCUGAUGAGAGCGCACGCCAGACCCGGCGUCGGGUCGUUCCUCCUCGCGGCGCGCAUGCACUGGGGCCGUAGGGAUAAUUGGCCGAUUGUGCUGGGAUCUGAUACCAAGUGUCCGGGUAUUAUGGACGUGGCACUUGAUGAUAAGAAGGGGAUGCCUGCAAAGGCCGUCGCAAGCUUCCCUGGCGCCGGGAAGGUGGUGUCCCAAGCUGUGAUCACACAGCAGGUUGCUGACUGCAUCGCCGCCGUGCUGGGUGCAGCCCCCGCCACUGAUGCUCCCCUCCUGGCCGCCGGGCUGGACUCCUUGGGUGCCAUCGAGCUGCGGAAUGCGCUGGCCAGCGGCUUCGGCGUCAGCUUGCCAGGGACCCUGGUGUUCGACCACCCGACGCUGGGUGCCAUUGCGCAGUACCUGGCAGAGGCCCUGGCUCAGACGCAGGCCGCACCCGAUGGAUUGUCCAUCGCCAUCCACGUCACGGCCGGACAGCCUGCCACGCCGAGGCCCCUCGCUGAAGCCAGGGCCCUCCCCGUCUACCUGGAGGCUGUCACUGGAGACCUGCCGUGCACGGGGAGGCUGGGCAUCACAUCCAUGACCUUCCCCAUGCGCGAUGCAAUGGGACCCGUUCCCCUGAGCCGCUGGUCCCUGGACAACCCGCCGGUCAAGGGCUUGGUGCUGCCACGCUUCGGGGCCUUCCUGCUGGACUGGGAGAGGUUUGACGCCGCAGCCUUUGAGGCCGCACUCAUGGACCCGCAGCAAGGCUCCCUCCUCUCCCACGCCGCCGGCCUGGUGCGCCCCGACACCUCCACCGCCCUCCCCACCGCGGUCUUCGUCGGCAUCGCACGCGUGAUCGACUCCGCCGCCGCGUCAGCAUCCACUCUGGCAGCCAUCGCCGCAGGCAGCGGACACGCAGCUACCGGCAAGGCCCUGAGCGCCGCCGCGGGGAGGCUGUCGUACACCUUUGCCCUGACUGGCCCAUGCGUCUCCCUGGACACCGCCUGCUCCUCCUCCUUGCUGGCCCUGCACCUUGCGGCCGGCGCCGUUCGGGGGCGGGAGACAGGUACUGCGCUGGCGGCGGGCGUCAACCUGCCCAUGGUCUGCGAGACCACGGCCGCCUUUGCCGCCGCAGGCAUGAUGUCGGCAUCGGGACGUUGCCAGACCCUGGACGCCGCGGCAGAUGGCUACUCCCGCGCCGAGGCCUCAGUCGUCUUGCGGCUGGGACGAGGGGACCCUGCCGGGGUAGUGGCGGCUGCUGCAAGGCAGGCGGGGGCCUGCCCAGGAGCCUUUGAGAUGCACGGCACUGGCACACCCCUCGGCGACCCCAUCGAGGUGUCCGCCCUUGCCACCGUGAUGUAUGCCCUGGGAAGGGGAGAUGCUGAAGACUCAGCACCAGCCACCCUCCAGGCCCUCAAGUCCACGAUGGGGCACGCAGAGACGGCAGCGGGAGCUGCCAGCCUGGCACACGCUGCCGCGUGCCUGGGCGCAGGCCUCUGUCCGUCGCUGCUGCACCUCAGGUUCCUGAACGGCUACGUGCUGGAGGCGAUGGAGGGAGGUGGCCUUGCCCCGCCCCGGCAACAAGCCCCAUCCCUCGCCGUCGGCCACCCAUCCUGUGGCGUCAGCGCCUUUGCCUUCCAGGGCACCAACGCGCACGUCGUUCUGGGUCUGGGGCCCAGUGAAGAGACAGUCGAAGGGCGUGCCCUAAUCCCUGCAACCGCCCUGCUGGCCUGCGCCUGGGCGGGCGGCGCCGCGCUCUCCCCCAGCGGCCCCGCGCCCUGUGUCCUGGCGGCCACGCUGGCUCGCCCGCUGAUCCUGGGCGAGGGGCCGCUGACGAUGGUCUGCACAGUGGACCUAGAACGCCAGGCCGUAAUGUCUGCGGCUGCCGACGCUGAUGCUGCGCACCCCGCAGCCGCAGACGCCACGCUGCACCUGAUCGCGGCGAUGAUGCAGGGUGUAGCCCCGCUCCACGUGCCCUCAGGCGCCGCUGCCUUCAACGUCGGCACCGCAGGGCAACCCGCAGGGCACGUACCCGAGCCCUGGGCGCACCUUUCGGAGCACUCGCGGCCGACGGGCGGCGCGCUGCGUGCCGGCGCGACCAUCCACUGGACGGGCACGGCCCGGCUCGAGGGCCUCGUGCUCUCGCCCAUGCAUGGCCGGCCGGCAACCGAGGAGGCCGCCCGCCUGCCGGCCUACAUCGAGGAGCUGCAGGUGCACAGGUGGCUGGCGCAGGACGCUGAUCUCUCAAGCAGCAUGUCCGGCCUGGGUGUCAGGCUCACACGCGGUGACCUCCAGAUAUGCAUGAGGAGUAGAGGUGACCAAGAAAUCACCGAAGCGGCGCUGGCAGCCCCAGUCCUGGCCACGGUGCAACUCCUCCGCGCAACUAGGAGCAGGCUGAAGCUGCAGGCCAUCGACGACGCUUGCCCCUCGCCUGCGCCGCUCCGCGCCGGCCCCUCCACCCUGGGGCUUCAGGCGGCCAAGAUCCUGGGUUGCGCCGUCUCUGAAGCCUGGCUGACCGAGGGGUGCUCAUAUCCGGGGGAACGGGGGUCCCUGGGACGGCUGGUGGCUGCCUGGCUGGGCGAAGGCUCCCAGUGCGUGACCCUGCACGCGCGCCGGGCCCUGCUCACCCAGCUUCCAGCGCUGUCCGCUUCAAACCCGGCCUGCAUCUGGACCCUGCUCCAGGGUCAUAAUGCCCUGGCGGCCAAUGCCCACGACCACCGCGCUGUGCACGCUGUGCACGUGCUGGCUGGCGGCGUCCUGGCCGACGCCGGGAUCGCAGGCCAGUCACCCUCCUCCCUGCGCGCGGUCGCCGCGCCCAAAAGCACAGCAUCGGCCUCCCAUCGGCACCAGACCGCCGCCGAGCCGGUGAACAUCUGCCUGCUGUUCGGCUCGGCGGCCGCCCUGGUGGGCAACGCCGGCCAGGCCGGGUAUGCGGCCGCAAAUGGGACUCUAGAUGCCCUCGCGCAGCGCGCACAGCGUGAGGGCCUGCGCUGGCACAGCACGCAGUGGGGGCCCUGGGCCCACGGUGGCAUGGCCGACGCAGGCACCUUGCGCCGCCUGGCAGGCCAGGGCAUGGUCGGCAUCGCACCCGCGCACGGGUUGCACGCGCUGGCCCGAGCAAUGGCAAUGGCGAGGCCUCUGCCGCCGCCCGUCGUGCUAGCCAUGCGUGUCCUGGACUGGGCCCGGGCCCUGGGGCCGGUCCAUGGCCAGCGUCCCCGGUUCGCUGAGGUGGCGCCUACGAAUGGCGCCACAAUCGACGACUUGGCUGAGAGCAUCGGGGCCCUGAUCGCGGCGCAGCUGGGCCGCAGGCCCCUGCCCAAUCAGACCUUUGCCGCGGCGGGGCUGGACGCCGACGGCAGACGUGCGCUCUGCUCCGCGCUGGGCGCAAAAUACAGCGUACCGCUGGAGCCACAGGACCUGGUGGAUCACCCGGAUGCCCUGCGCCUCGCCCUGCUCAUCGCCGAGCGGGCGGGUGAGACGCCUCGAAGCAAGCCUGCCGAGCAGCUUGCACGUCAAAGCCUGGGCUCUGCGGGCACCCACCAGCCACUGACGCGAGCAGACACGUUGCGCCGGGUGCGGGACACCGUCGCCAGCGUCCUCGGCUCCCUGCCCGGCGACGGGGCGCCUCUGCGUGAGGCCGGGCUGGACUCCAUCGGCAGCAUUGAGCUGCAGAACCGUCUGCAGACCCAAUUCUCGGCGCAGCUGCCCUCGACGCUCAGCUUCGAUUACCCGACCCUGUCCAGCCUGACAGACUUCCUUGAGUCCCUGGGGAGCGCAGACAAGGAGGUGGCUGUGGAGCGACCGGCGCUGGAGGCUCCCCCAGAGUCACAGCAUGCCGUGGUUCUGGCCAUGGCGUCCUUUGAACUCUCAGGAUGCCGCGGGCCACAGACAGAGACUGCUCGGGCGUUCAGUGCCGGGGUGGACAACGUACAGGUGGUGCCGAGGAGCCGCUGGGACAUCGAGCAGCACUACCACCCCGGAGGAGCAGCGCACAGGAUGUACGUUCGAUUCGGCCAGUGGCUGGACAGGGCGUACGAGUUUGACGCGGCCGCCUUCAACCUGAGCAAGAGCGAGGCGACCACCCUGGAUCCACAAACCCGGCUCCUCCUGCAGCAUACAGCAGCCCUGCAGCCCUACAUCCCGUCAGACGCAACAGGAGUCUACGUUGGGUGCAUGUACACAGAGUACCUUGAUUCUGUGCUGAAGGCUGCAGGUCUGGCAGAUACCCAGGCCUCCUCCAUCACAGGCCAUGGCCUGUCAUUCAUGGCAGGGCGCCUCAGCUACACCUUCGACCUGCGGGGUCCCUGCGGUAUUGCCAGCGGGGAGUCAGUGUCCGCUCUGGCGUCCGGCGUCAAUCUGAUGCUCGACCCAGGCACGACCAGCCGCAUCUGCCUCCUCAAAGCCCUCUCUGCGGUGGGCAGGUGCCAGACGCUGGACGCCUCGGGCGACGGCUACGGGCGCGGAGAAGGUGCUGCCACACUCCUGCUCAAGAGGCAGGCUGCCCAGGGUCAAGAAGCACACGCCCCGGGAGCUGACCUGGCACUGCUGCAGGCCAGCGCGGUGAACCAGGACGGGCGAUCUAGCAGCCUGACGUCGCCCAGCGGGCCCUCCCAGACGGCGCUGCUGGCGGCCUGCCUGCAACAGGGCGCAGGGGCUUUGACCCUGUCUAGCGCGGCGCUGCACGGGACCGGGACCCCGCUGGGGGACCCCAUCGAGGUCAAUGCGCUGGACGCUGCCCUGAAGGGUAGCGUCGGCCAGCUGAAUGGUGACGACGUCGCGGCUCCUCGGGUGCUCCUGACCUCCAGCAAGGCGCUCUUCGGGCACACUGAGGGCGUGGCGGGCGUGACCGGGGUGCUCCUGGCAGCGGCGACCACCAGCACCCGCCGCGCGAGCCUGAUGCCCACCCUUCGGACCCUGAAUCCCUUUGUCACGGCAGCGCUGGCGUGCUUCAGCGCCGCACGCCAGACGGGCCCUGUGCCGGCAGUCUUGGGGUCAGAGCCUGCCGCCGGGGCCACCAGCUCCUUUGGCAUGAGUGGCGUAAAUGCUGCCGCCCUGCUCUCCGCCCCGACCGGUGGGGACUUGGAAGGCGCCGGGGUCCCGGCUGCACAGCCCUGGCAGCUCCAAGCGGUGCAGCCGCUGCCUGCCUGCCACGCCUGGGUCCGGCCGGGGCCAUGCGUGGGCGUGGUGCUGCUACGGCACGCCGGCGCCUCUGCCCUCGAGGACUGCUCGAUCCAUGGCCAGAAGGUCCUGGUCCUGGGGGGCGGGCUUGAGAUCCUGGCGGCCGGUUGCAGCAUGCACUUUGGUGCUGGACCUGAAAAGGAGUUUGCCCUGCGGAACGUCACCGCCGCCUCGCUCCUGCGGUGGCCAGGGGAGGAGUUGGCGCUGCGCCUGGACGGCGUCACCGGCACGGCCCAGCUGCAAGGGCUGGGAAGGGGCGCUAUGCUGCAGACCAGCGUGGCCACCCUGCCCAUGCGUGCUCAGUCCAGCACUUCCCCGCCAGGCGCAAGCUGUGCGCGUCGGCAAUUGCGCUCCUGGCUCGUGAAACCUGCGUGUCCUGUCUUGGACGCCGGCGCGGUGGCCAUGGUGCAGGCACGGGCUCGUGCCGCCUCCCAUCUGAGCCUCAACGCGGCUGCAUGGGCAGGCACCAAGGUCGCCAACCUGGAGUCGGCCCCGCAGUGGUCCCACAAAGCGAGUGACCCCAUGUCCCAGUCGCUGGCCGGCGUGCUGGCGCUGGGGCGGGGAGUGCAGGCUCAGGGGCGCGUGGUGCUGUUCAGCAGCAUCGCCGGGCUGCUGGGGAGCCGGGGCCAGUACAGCUACGCGCAGGCCAACGCGUGCCUGGACGAGCUGGCUGGAAAGCACGUGCACGAGGGCAUCCCCGCCACCAGCAUCGCGUGGGGCGCCUGGGCUGGGGCCGGGAUGGCGGCGAGCGGACCGGCGGUGGCGCGCCAGCUGGCGCGCAUGGGGGUGGCCCUGCUCAGCCCGGCGCAGGGGCUCGGCAUGCUGUGGGAGGUGCUGGGCGCCAUUGCCGGGCCCCCGCUGGUCCUGGCGGCGACCAUGCGCUGGGCCGCGGCGAUGGCGGCCGUCGGUGACGCAGACCGCGCCUUCUACCGGGCCGUGGUGGCAUCAGAAAUGUGCGACGAGGGCAGUACGGAGCCCGAUGCCUCGAGCGAAGGCCCGAGCGGCAGCGAGAUUGUUUCAGACAACAGAGCUCCCACAGAUGUGGCGGCCAGCACAACUCACCCAGACCAGGCCCCUCAGCGGCAAAGGAUCUGGACCCAGGAGGCGGUGGAAGCGUUGGUCCUGGCGCUGGUGGGAGAGGCGGUGGGGUCGUCGGUGGAGGCCACUGCCCCCUUCAUGGCUGCAGGGCUAGACUCCCUGGCCUCCGCCGACUUCCUGGCAAGUCUCGCGAAAGAUUUGGGGCUGGAGGUACCCGUCACCGUCCUGUACGACCACCCCACCGCCCGCCAGCUCGCCGCCGCUCUCUUCCGCGAGCUCUCUUCCAAAUCAAUGGGCAUCGGCUCUGCGUCCUGGGAGGGGGCCGACCUGGCAGCACUCAGGAAGAAGCUCGCGGCGGCAUCUGCCGCCAUGGGCGGCACGUUCAUCGACUACUUCCCAGACAGCGGGCAGUGGCUUACCAAGCUGGAUGGCUUUGAAAAGGGCAAGGGUGGCAAGGAAUGA